AUGAAGCCUCUUGGCACAUUCUGGAAGUAUGGUGCAGGUGAAGUUAUCAGGAUUGUGUCUUUUAAGGUUGAAGAAGAAUUCAGAGAUGGUAAUAGAUACCAUGGAUGCAUAUAUCGGCGGGCUGCGUUCUCUUUACUUGGAGAAAAAGCGGAUGGAAGGGAACUGUUCCAAACUGACAGAUGCUGCGAGGUAGUGGAAAAGGAUCUGAGGUGCUGUGUAAGUGUUGGUGCCACACAAGCUGAAGGGGAAGACAUGUUCUUCUGUAGAUACAGUUGGGACAAGGUCUACAACAGCAGGAUCAGCCGGACCGGAAUAUUCAUGGAUGUAGUGAAAUUUCUCAUGCCCCGUUUCUUCAUCAUGGAAAAUGUGAAGGAAAUUGUUACACAUGACAAGGGGAAGCAUCUCAGGGAAUCUCUAAAAACCGCUCUGGACCACGGUUACCAGGCGAGGAUGAUGGUGCUUCUAGCCGAUGAUUUUGGAGAUUUCUGUAAUGAAGAGCCUGCAAUUUUUGGACCUGUUACUGUCCGGGAUGCAAUUAGUGACCUGAAGGACUUGGAGACCACACUCGGGGCGAAACCAUACCCGCCUGUGCAGUCUGCCUAUCAGGCAAAGAUGCGCCGAGGCAGUGAUAGAGUUAAACUUCAUAGGAUGGUAAAACCACUAUCUCGAGUAGACCAGGUCAGAAUAAGCAAGAUCAAGCCUGGAGAGGACUGGUCUGUUUUGCUGACUGAGCCUGCAGAUCAAUGCGGGCUGCAACGGACAAAUCUGGCUCCAAACAUGCUUUCCAGAACAGGGCCACGCAAUGGCUGGUGGAAGGGCGCCUAUGGACGGCUCGAGUGGAACAAGAAGUUUAAAACUAUAAUUGCCUCGCAAAAUUUGGCAUCAAAGAGUGGAACCCUAAUUCACCCACAAGUUGACCGGACCAUUACGCUGAGGGAAAUCGCUCGCGCCCAGUCAUUUCCAGACAACUUUGUCUUCAGAGGCACCCCAAGGGCAAUUCAGAGGCUGAUUGGAAAUGCUGUGCCACCCCUUCUGGCAGAGUGCAUUGGUUUCUCGUUUCAGCAAUGA